UCUACCAGUCCAGUGCGGAGCGUGGACCCUCCGUCGUCAUGUACGCGCUGAUACUGUUGAUAACAUGUCUCUUAGGGCCAAUACCCUCACACGCCACGAUUGAAAAUGGAGGUGAGGUAUGGGGUUGGCUGAUGCCCCGGGACCGCGUCUUGGAGAGGUUUAACCAAGUGAGGAAGAUCCUUCUGCCCGUGCCGGAGCAGCAACUGGAAGAGGCUCUAUACCACAUCGGCUCCUACUACAUACCUAUCGACUCUGAGACGGAGAUCUGUCGCAACCACAGCAACUACUUCUUUGAGAGCUUCCUCAAGAAGGACUUCUGGGCGUUGACAAUGAUCGACGCCAGCAGUAAGAUCCCAGCAGGUAUCUUGGAUGGCCGGAUGAUGGACCUCGGCAGCUACGACGAGUGUAUCAGGGCAGAGGAGCCAGAGGGGAGGUUCCGAGGACAAUACUGCCUAGUAGAGACCGAGGGAAUCCUGCCUAGGGACCUCACUGCCCGCUUGAACCCGGAGAGUCCAUUCCUGGAAACUAUCCGGAGCGACUUGGCGUUCGCAGUGUGUGUUCCGUCCUCCUGUACUGCUAGAGAUGUCAAGGUUCACAUGGACGUCGCUCUCAACUCUGUCAACGCCAGUGCUAUCAUACACCCUCACAGCUGCUCUACCUCCGUACCUCUGCCAUACACCGCUGGCGAGGUAGUCUCAAUAUUCAUCAUUAUUGUUCUUCUAGUGAUGAUAGUUCUCAGCACGAUAUACGACUCUAGAUGCAAAGAAUCAGACCGCAACGGACUGCUAGCAGCAUGGUCGCUAGGAGCUAACAUUGGUCAGAUGGUGGACACCUCCACCACGACCGCUGCCAUCACAUACCGCAACGGACUGCUAGCAGCGUGGUCGCUAGGAGCUAACAUUGGUCAGAUGGUGGACACCUCCACCACGACCGCUGCCAUCACAUGUUUGCCAAACCGCAACGGACUGCUAGCAGCAUGGUCGCUAGGACCUAACAUUGGUCAGAUGGUGGACACCUCCACCACGACCGCUGCCAUCACAUACCGCAACGGACUGCUAGCAGCAUGGUCGCUAGGAGCUAACAUUGGUCAGAUGGUGGACACCUCCACCACGACCGCUGCCAUCACAUGUUUGCCAAACCGCAACGGACUGCUAGCAGCAUGGUCGCUAGGAGCUAACAUCGGUCAGAUGGUGGACACCUCCACCACGACCGCUGCCAUCACAUACCGCAACGGACUGCUAGCAGCAUGGUCGCUAGGAGCUAACAUUGGUCAGAUGGUGAACACCUCCACCACGACCGCUGCCAUCACAUGUUUGAAUGGUCUACGAGUGAUCGCCAUGCUCUGGGUCAUCAUUGGUCACCGCACGCUUCACUUAUUAAGCUUUCCAUCUCUACGAUACCGUGCCAUACCAGAGAUGAUUGACGUGUUGGAAAUGGCUCCUAUAGAGAACACCCAACUGUCAGUGGAGAUAUUCUUCUUAAUGUCAGGAGUGUUGGUGGCUUACGGCCUCUUCCGCUACUUGGACAAGGGCAAGAAGUUCAACCUAGUACAGUUCUAUGUCUACAGAUAUUUGAGACUCACCCCUACACUGGCUGCGCUGGUGUUACUACAAGCCACCAUACUCAGGCGAGCCACUGAUGGUCCUCUCUGGCGUAGGAUGUUCUAUGACUACCAACACAACUGCCAGACCAACUGGUGGUCUACUCUGCUUUACAUAGCUAACUAUGUCAAUCCAGUGUCUAUGUGUGUUCCUCAGGCGUGGUACCUGUGUGCAGACUUCCAGCUGUACGUGUUGUCUCCGCUGGUGUUGCUCCCACUGUGGCGCCGUCCUCGAGUAGGCCUCACCAUCACUGCAGUGCUAGCUACCCUCACUACAGUUGCUGCUCUCAUCAACGCUUACACGGAGGAGCUCAAGGCUGGAGGAGCUGUCACACUUGAUCGCAGGACGGAGGUAAACAACACCAAAGACUACAUUAUCACCCAUCUCCGAGCUUUCUCAUUUUUGCUGGGAUUGGCACUUGGCUACCUUUUGUUCCUCAUCAAAAAAGGAAAGAUCAUCAUCAAGCUACCUACAUGGAAGCUCUGGGUUGGUUGGGUUGUCUCAGUCUUUUUUAUAUUAUUCAGCAUCUUCUUUGUCAACUACUUCCUGGCUCCCUCGUACGUGUACAACCCCAUUGUAGACACUGUUUACCACAUACUCCACAGACAUCUGCUGGCUCUGGGCUUCUCAUGGAUCAUCCUAGUGUGUACUCUAGGAUAUGGAGGAUUUGUAGACAAGUUCCUGUCUUGGAGAGGUUGGAUUCCCAUGGCUAGACUGACAUACUGUGCCUACCUCACUCAUGUGUUCAUUCAGAACUCACAAACUAACAGCAUGAGGACUACCACGUCUCUGCAUUCCACCUACGUGAUAUAUUUCCUCUUCGCAGCAGACACAGUGAUCAGUUUCCUGUCGGCUGCAGCUCUAUACCUCAUUGUGGAAGCUCCUGUAGCUAAUAUCACCUCUUACUUUUUUGAAGGAAAUAAAAAGCCAAAGAACAGUGAAGACACAUCAAACAACGCACCGACCCUUCCUGUCUUCAAAUAUAAAUCGUCUUCGUGACAAAUUGCUUAAGAAAAUUAAUCAGCCCAAUAUACUAGUCUUGGAUAUAUGUGCACACAUGACCAAUGUGAAACUAGUAUUUGCAGACAUCACAUAGGCUACAUGUUAUUUAUAAGUAGACUAAACCUACACCUGAAUACCUGAUACAUUGACAAGUAUAUGGUAAUCAGAUUAAUGUCCAUGGAGUUAGGGGCUCAGUGUGCAUAUUCUCUAAAGUUUACAAGCAAGCCAAAAUACUCUUAUUGUAACUGGUAUUGUAACUUGUAUUGUUAUUGUAACAUUGAAAAAUCUUUAAGAUCACUAAUUCUUACAUACCUCAACAACGGUUGAAUAAUUUUUGAGUUCAUUGAUAAUUUUAUUUGAUUGAGGUAAUAUUUAAAUAAUUAAUUAAUUAAUUAAAAGCUAAGUGUUGUAAGAUCACCUCAGCCGCAAUAGAAUGAUGUUUUUACUUUUUUCUUUUCAUUUUAUAAUAAGUUAGAGUGAAGUUUUAGUGUUUAUGUUAUUUUUUUAUGAUGAUUUUAGUUAGCAAAUUAAAUGUUUGAUGAUGUGUACUUAACUACUUACUCAAAUGUAUUUUCUAUAGUCUGUUAGUUUUUAAAACUGAGGUUUUAAUGCACACAUAUUAUAUUUAUAAGGACUGAGGAGUAAGGAUUUAUAUUAUAUAAAUAUUUAAUACUAUGCACAAUAAUACUAAUUUUAAGUAACCAUUUGGCUAUACCACAUUUUUUUUUAAGUAACCAUUUGGCUAUACCACAUUUUUAAACACACAUAUAAGAAUGCCAGAUAGAUAAUUUACUUAAUAAUAUCCAUUGUUGAAUCAGGUACAAAUAGAAGAAUCUCAAAAGUGUUAACUAAUGACAACACAAAUUAAACCCAAAUGAUUGAACACUUAAAUUUUAGAGAUAAUAAUUGAUUAGAAACAAUAAGAGGUAAGGAAUUCUUAAUCAAGUUAUUCCUAAAGCUGGGUUUUCCUAGGCGCGGAAAUGGUGAGCGGAGAGCGGACUCCACUUGUCUUAGGUAGUUUAAUGUUACUGUUUUCCUAGAAGCGGAGCGGAACACCAUGUUAAUCUCUUUUCCGCUCUCCGCGUUCCUCUAUCCGCUCUCUGCUUCCUCGCCUAGGAAAACCCAGCUUAACUGACAGAUAACUGCCUAAUCUAAUAGUUUAUAGUAAGUUUAUAAAUGGAUCAAGCUGAAACAGCUGAUAAUUAUUUAAAUUGCAUUGUACUUCCUAUUACAAUAUGAUUAAGAAGACUAAUCCCUGCUGUUGCAAAUGUACAUAUAAAUAGAUUUGUUUAUUAGAUAUUUGUAAAUAAAUAUUUCUAUGAGAAAAAGUU